AUUCUUACUCUGAGAUAUAACGUUCGUCAUUACGUCGUAAACUGUCUAUUCAUGGCAUCAGAGUUAGUAUGUACCUAAUGUAAAUAGUCCAAAUCAGGAAAUGCCUAAAGGACUUUAUUACUGGACAAUCAGCUUAAUGUCAGCGCGGUCGGAAAGAUGUGAUAACGCGGAGAUAACGCGCUUGUCCGUGUGACUACACACCAACGAGAUGAGACUUGUUCUGUCAAUAAUUAGAUUACAUUGUGUUUGCUAUCCCGAAAUGUGUAUAGACCUAGAUACAAUCAAACCCAUUAAAUUCCAUUUGGAACAGUUCAAUAGACUGUAGUGCGCCAAACGAAUCAUACACAAUCAAAUGGACAUAAUUAUUGCUAUUUAUCGCCAUAUAAGUUGAAGACUGAUUGUAUUUAAUGUUUAUAAAAUAGUGCAUAAGAUAAAAUUCUCAUAACUUCAUUGUUAUAGUUGUAGCGUUCACAUUUUACUCGGCAAAAUGGUAAAUAAAUUACGUACUCAUACAUUGGAGUUUAGCUACUCGUUGCGUGAACACACGAGGCGCUGAGCCUUUGCUUUAUAAAAAAAAUAUUUAAAAAGAAAUUGGAAUUGUUUAUGGUGCUUUUUAAAUUUGGAACGCAAUGUACGCAACUGUGCAGGCGGAGGGCCGGGUGAUGGGGCGCCGGUUUGUGCUAACUCUGGUGAUCGGGAUAUCGGCUGGCUUUAGUUUUGCCUACAUUCUAUUAACAUCCGCCGGAUUCUCAAGGGACGUAGCUUGGUCGUCGUACAGGGAAUCAGCCCGCGAUCUCGAGCGGCAUCCUAUAGGUAGUGUCAUAGAACAUGGUAGCGAGGAACCAGCCCAUCGAGAUGAAGACCGCACAGUCGCUGAUGAGCUGGCCAAGAAGGUCAAGGUGCUCUGCUGGGUGAUGACGCAACCGAACAACCAUCAGAGAAAGGCGAGACAUGUGAAGGCUACAUGGGGGAAGCGGUGUAAUAAGCUGUUGUUUAUGAGCACGGUUGAGGACGAUUCUCUGCCCACGAUAAAGUUGCCAGUUCACGAAGGACGCGACUACUUAUGGGCGAAAACAAAAGCUGCCUUCCGAUACGUGUACGAACAUCAUCGGAGGGACGCAGAUUGGUUCAUGAAGGCGGAUGAUGAUACGUAUGUGGUGGUAGAAAAUUUACGUUAUAUGCUCUCUGAGUAUGACAGCGCAGAACCAAUAUACUUCGGUUGCAGAUUCAAGCCGUUUACACCGCAGGGCUACAUGAGUGGUGGAGCUGGUUACGUACUAAGUGCGGGGGCACUAGAGAGAUUUGUGACUCGUGGCCUGCCCUCGCCGCACCUCUGCAAGCCCAGUGACCACGGUGCGGAGGACGCUGAGAUGGGUAUAUGCCUAGAACACAUAGGUGUGAAAGCUAUGGACAGUCGAGAUUCGCUACAUCGGGGCAGAUUUUUCCCCUUCGGGCCAAAAGAUCACCUUUUCCCCAACAAAGAUAAGGGUUUCUGGUAUUGGAAGUACAUCUAUUACCCUUCUGAUGAGGGCCUAGACUGCUGUUCUGACCACGCAGUAUCAUUCCACUACGUAGAACCCGAGCAAAUGUAUGUGCUAGAUUACCUUAUAUACCAUUUGAGGCCCUACGGAGUAAGCUAUGGGGCAACCGGGGGCAUUAGGGGCAACGAGGGCAACUCUAGGGCAACAUUUGGGGCAAUAGAGGGCAAUACCACAAGCACGUGAACAUUCCAGAACUAGUCGUGGGGUUAAGUGCAUUUAUUAAAGUGGUAUGAAAAAGAGGAAUUUGGUUGGAAAGCGAUGGGUGAAAGAUCAAGAUAAUCCAUGAUUAAAAUAUGUUUGUUGUCUAAUUACCGAUUUUUCAAUUGUUGGUUAAAAUUUAUCCGUCCAAUAAAGUAUUACACGAACAUUUUAAAAUGUCACCUGUAUAGUUGUAUACUGUCACAUACGGACAAAUAUAAUAUAUUUUUGAAAUGGUAGUUUAAUACGUUAUUCGAUGAAUAAGUUUUAACCAAGGAUUGAAAAAUCAGCCCUAAGAGUUAUAUUGCUUGGAUCUAGGUUUGAAUUCGUUGGAUUAAAAAUACCAAAGAUAGGAUUUUUUUAAUGAAUGCUAAGUGUUGAGAGGAUUCAGGUUGGAUCUAGGUGAAGACUAAUAAAAUAUAUUGAUCUAAUACAACUUCUUAUAAAGAAUUUUUUUAAAAAAUAUUUUUUUUUUUACAAUACGUAAUCUUAAAUUUUGCAUAGCCACGUAGACUUUGGGGGGGUUUAAUGUUGUUAAUAAAAUGCCUUCAAAAUAAUAUUGGCAUACGAAAGUAGGCUUGAAAAAAUAUAAUAUUUGCUAAAGUACUAGAUAAGCUAGUAGCUUGAACUUUAUUAAUAACGAAGAUUUUAAAAAAACGUCAGAAACUUCACAUAUUAGUAAAAAAAAAAUAUAUAUCAAGCUCUUGAUUUUCCAAACCGUAACAUAAUUUUAUGUACCUUUGAAGGAAAAUAAUUAAUAUGUCUCUUUUCUUACAAGUCGUAUAAGCAUUUUAUUUUGAGUCAAUUUUAUAUUUUCAAAAUUAUAACAAUCCUAAAUAGAAUUUACCUAUCCUGUAAAAGUUGAAAAAUGGCAACACAUUGAAUGAUUGUAUAAUGUUCCAUUCAUAAUCUAUUUAAUGUGAUAAUAAUAUACUACAUUUUAUUUAUCUUCCGAAGUUUACUUUGGAAAAGCUAAAUCUUGCCAAUCUUUGUAUAAGUUGAUAUACAUAUUAUAUAAAUCAAAAUAUUAUUUUUUUAUAUCAUGUACGAAUAUAUAAUUUGUCUGUAUAUAUGUCGCAGUCAACUAGCUUAAUUAAUUAAAAACAAGGCCUGAUUGAAAUUCAGUCAAUCGAUGAAAGAGCUAGGCAAAUAAUUUGGAACUACAUUAACUACUUGGCUGUGUCAUAUACGUAAUACAUAUUGUGUGAUAUGUAUAAUAUUUAUUUUAGGCAUUUUUCCCAAUUAUUUUAUCAGGGUCAUUAUAAAAGAUAUUAUUUAAAAGACAAAAUAAUACUCACGUCAUAAUAAAUGUUUAUUUAACGAUAUUAAAAAUGAUUAUAUAUCACGAUUUAAUUUGUCACUAAAAUGAGGGUAUUCAUUGAAAAUUGUGAUUGUGUAACAAAUUGCAGAUAUUUAUACCACAAAUUAAUUGAUUAGGUAUUAGUAAAUAAGUUAUUUAAGACUAGUCUAAGGGCGUAUACAGAAAGAAA